GUCGGAGGCGGAAUUGGAGCCCAGGGUGGUGUUGGAGGAGGAAUUGGAGCCCAGGGCGGUGUCGGAGGAGCAGUCGGGGCCCAGGGUGGUGUCGGAGGCGGAAUUGGAGCCCAGGGCGGUGUCGGAGGAGCAGUCGGGGCCCAGGGUGGUGUUGGAGGAGCAAUCGGGGCCCAGGGCGGUGUCGGAGGCGGAAUUGGAGCCCAGGGUGGUGUCGGAGGAGGAAUCGGGGCCCAGAGCGGUGUCGGAGGAGGAAUUGGAGCCCAGGGUGGUGUCGGAGGAGGAAUCGGGGCCCAGGGCAGUGUCGGAGGCGGAAUUGGAGCCCAGGGUGGUGCCGGAGGAGCAAUUGGAGCCGUGGGCGGUGUCGGAGGAGGAAUUGGAGCCCAGGGUGGUGUCGGAGGAGGAAUCGGGGCCCAGGGCGGUGUCGGAGGAGCAGUCGGAGCCCAGGGUGCUGCUGGAGGAGGCAUCAGAGCCUAGGGUGUUGUCCAAGGAGGAAUCGGGGUCCUGGGUGGUGUCGGAGGAUUUGGAGGCCGGGGGCGUGUAGUAGGUAAACGGUCAGUGAAGUCACCAAGCAGCCUAGGUUUCAGAAGUGGGCGAAGUUCCGCCGAUCAACGCAGAAACCGAGGAACUUCUGGAGGCCAAGGAGGUCGACUAGACCAUAUUAAGUUUUAGCAGCCAGGAUAGCAAAUAGGAUGGUUACGCCGGUCAUCUGACAGUUUUAUGGCUACAAGUGUUGCGAAGAUUUGAAUAUACUUAUUUGAAAUUUGUAAUACAUGAUGUAGAAACGUAGUACAUAAAAAAUAUUUACAUGGCAAUUCAAAAGAAUACCAUCAACCAACCAUAGUCACAUUUAUCUGAGACAUUCUCGUGCCUUUGUAUAUUAGUAUUUAGUGCUUGCAUAUUAACUCUGUCUUUCGAUCAUAGUAACCUCUAACAGAUAAUAAUUCAGAGAGAAUACCAACACGCUGUCCUUAUUGAUUGAUGAAAACGGUGUUUGUAAAAUUAGUUCUGCACGAUCU